CAAUCGGAAGGCAGUUGGUGGGUUAGUUAGAUGGCUAGCAAACAAACAUUUCCUACCUCAGCGUCAGUGGCUGUGUAAGUGUUGAAAUUGUUGCUUUGAUUGAUAUUUGGUAACACUACUGAAAGGCAACUGAUUAGCCUUCCCGGCACAAAUAUGGCGGAAGAAGAUGACGAUCCAGGCUUUGACGAAGAGUUGGAUGAUGGUGGGAAUGGUAUAGAUUCAGGUCAUGGAAAAAGAAAGAGACUUUUCUCGAAAGAGCUUCGUUGCAUGAUGUAUGGGUUUGGAGACGACCAGAAUCCCUACACUGAGUCAGUGGACAUACUCGAGGAUCUAGUGAUAGAGUUCAUUACGGAGAUGACACACAAAGCAAUGUCUAUUGGACGUCAAGGCCGUGUUCAGGUGGAAGAUAUAGUUUUUCUCAUUCGAAAAGACCCACGAAAGUUUGCCAGGGUUAAAGAUCUGCUGACGAUGAACGAAGAGCUGAAGAGAGCUCGCAAAGCCUUUGAUGAGGCAAAUUAUGGAUCAUAAACCGUUAACAUACGACUUGCUGGAAGUUCUUCAAAACGUUUAGUAUUUAUGGUCAGUGACUUGCCUGAAAAUGUAACCACGUUGCAGUAACAUGUCUAGAUUUUAAUAGGGAAUAUUUUUCUCACUGCUUUCGCUUUUUUUUUUUUACUGAACACUUGAUAAAUCCAAACAUUGAUCGAAUUACUUAGUGGUGAGUGCUUCAAUCAGUAAAAAUACUGUAGAUCUUGUUUUAGAAGUAACCAAUAAAAUACAGAUUUAAAGUAUGAAAA